AUGACAGCUAAUCUUGCAAAUUUACAACAAAAUGAAUUAUCAAAACGGAAACGCAUUGAUAAAGUUGCAAGUGAAACAAAUAUUACUCAAGAUUUUCCAUUGCAGCAAAAUGAUUAUGUAAUUGUGCUAUAUGGAAAAAAAAUUUGUAUUGGCAAGAAAACUAAAGAGGAUAUAUGUUGUGAUAAACUUCAAAGAUUAAAUCAAGGAAAAUUAGAUUUUCUUUUUAAUAUGGUUAAGAUAUCAUCAGAUCAAAAUACUUUUCUUGUCAAAAAAAAAUCUGAUAAUUUAUUCGUAUCUUUUUAUGAUGAUAAGCCUUUACGUCUAGAUGAGGAAAUUGUAUGAAAAUUAAAUGAUAUGGUCAAUUUUCUUAUAAAAUCUUUAUUAUCUGAAAAUAUAAUAUUAGAACAAGAAUUUCAUAUAUGUAAUGUUAUUACUAGUGAAUGUACGUGCUAGGAAUACAUAUGAAAUAGU